GGAAAGGGGAGAACAGCCAACAUGGCGGCGGAGCGCGGCGCGGGGCAGCAACAGUCGCAAGAGAUGAUGGAGGUUGACAGGAGGGUCGAAUCCGAAGAAUCAGGCGAUGAGGACGGGAAGAAGCACAGCAGCGGCAUCGUGGCAGACCUCAGCCAACAGAGCCUGAAGGAUGGGGAGGCGCAGGGGGAGGACAACCCAGAAGAGGAACCUGAGCUGCCUGUGGAUAUGGAAACUAUUAGCCUGGACAGAGAUGCAGAGGAUGUUGAUCUCAAUCACUAUCGCAUUGGGAAAAUCGAAGGGUUUGAAGUGCUGAAGAAAGUGAAGACUCUGUGCCUCCGUCAAAAUUUAAUUAAAUGCAUUGAGAACCUGGAGGAGCUACAGAGUCUUCGAGAGCUGGAUCUUUAUGACAACCAGAUCAAGAAGAUUGAGAAUCUGGAGGCGCUGACGGAGUUGGAGAUUCUAGAUAUUUCUUUUAAUCUUCUGAGAAACAUUGAAGGAAUUGACAAGUUGACGCAACUGAAAAAACUCUUCUUGGUCAACAAUAAAAUCAGUAAAAUUGAGAACUUAAGCAACUUACAUCAACUGCAGAUGCUAGAGCUGGGAUCUAAUCGCAUCCGGGCGAUUGAAAAUAUUGACACAUUAACCAGUCUGGAGAGUUUGUUUUUGGGAAAAAACAAGAUUACUAAACUUCAGAACCUGGAUGCACUUACCAACCUGACAGUCCUCAGUAUGCAGAGCAACCGGCUGACCAAGAUUGAGGGUCUACAGAGCCUGGUGAACCUGCGGGAGCUGUACCUCAGCCACAACGGCAUCGAGGUCAUCGAGGGCCUGGAGAACAAUAACAAACUCACAAUGUUGGACAUCGCGUCAAAUAGAAUCAAGAAGAUUGAAAAUGUCAGCCAUCUAACAGAGCUGCAAGAAUUCUGGAUGAAUGACAAUCUCCUCGAGAGCUGGAGUGACCUCGAUGAGCUGAAGGGAGCCAGGAGCCUGGAGACUGUGUACCUGGAGCAGAACCCCCUGCAGAAGGACCCGCAGUACAGGCGGAAGGUCAUGCUGGCCCUCCCCUCUGUGCGGCAGAUCGACGCCACAUACGUCAGGUUCUGAGUCCUCCCAUUCCUCAACUGGUCCCUCUCCUCAAAAGAACUUCCAGCUACGGUUUUUUAAUGCAGCUGUUGCUCCUGAAGUCGUCACUCUAUUAACAGUCACAAACCCAAUGGCAAUAAAAAGGCACUGACACUA